CAAAUAGCUUAUAAUAACAUCAUCAUGAAGUCUAAUGCGGUAUGUUAGCUUUAGGCAAUAAAAUCCAUGUCAGGCGAUAUAGUUAAUUUAAGGUAGGUCCAGAUAGUGGGCUACUUUUUAUUCAAUGAUUUAGGACUGUUUCAUUUCCUGAGCUCUGAAGCGAGUACCCUUCUUGGCGUUAGGCGAGUAGCCUGAACUGGUCUAGCGAUGCGCUCAGAGAGCCAAACCUGAAACCGCCCUUUGAGAGGGAGAAGGGAUUCUUGAGCUCCGUGCAUUCAGGUUAAUAAAGGUGGACUCUGGAAAGCAGAAUUUAAAGAGGAAUUUGAUGAUGUGCCAAUAUUUAUGACAAUAGACUUGAUGCCAUAACAGCUAUCAUUGAAAAUGCGACGCAGUCUAUGAAGUUGUCUUACUGUUCUCCCGUGGCCGAUUGGAUUGACAGAAUAGGUUAGGAUGCCCCUUGGAGAUCUAGAGGACGGGAAUGGAUGGAAAAAGAAGACGUCGGACAUCAAAGAAAACUAUGACUUCAAAGAAGUUCUGGGAACGGGGGCGUUCUCGGAGGUGGUGCUAGCGGAGGAAAAGGGGACACAGAGGCUGGUAGCCAUCAAGUGUAUCCCAAAGAAGGCUCUGGAGGGCAAGGAGAACAACAUAGAGAAUGAGAUCGCUGUGCUGCACAGAAUCAAGCACACCAACAUUGUUUCACUGAAGGACAUCUUUGAGAGCACAUCCCACCUGUAUCUGGUCAUGCAGCUGGUGUCUGGAGGGGAGCUGUUUGACCGCAUCGUAGAGAAGGGUUUCUACACAGAGAGAGACGCCAGCCAACUCAUCCACCAGAUCCUGGACGCUGUCAAAUACCUCCAUGACAUGGGCAUCGUACACAGGGACCUGAAGCCAGAGAAUCUGUUGUAUUACAGUAUGGACGAAGACUCUAAGAUAAUGAUCAGUGACUUUGGCCUGUCUAAGAUCGAGGACACUGGCAGUGUCAUGUCUACAGCCUGUGGGACCCCAGGAUAUGUGGCUCCUGAGGUGUUGGCUCAGAAACCGUACAGCAAAGCAGUAGACUGCUGGUCCAUCGGAGUCAUCUCUUAUAUUCUGUUAUGCGGAUACCCUCCGUUUUACGACGAGAACGAUGCUAAGCUUUUUGAGCAGAUACUGAAGGCAGAGUAUGAGUUUGACUCUCCGUACUGGGAUGACAUCUCCGAUUCAGCUAAGGACUUUAUCUGUCACCUGAUGGAAAAAGACUUUAUGAAGAGAUAUACCACUGAAAAAGCACUCCAACACCCCUGGAUCUGUGGAGACACAGCUCUUGAUAAGAACAUCCAUGAAUCUGUCAGUGCUCAGAUCAAGAAGAACUUUGCUAAAAGUAAAUGGAAGCAAGCAUUCAAUGCCACAGCAGUGGUGAGACACAUGCGGAGGCUGCAGCUGGGUACUAGUCUAGAGAGCCCCAGCCAGAUCACCCCCACAAGCCCCUGUCAUGCCCACGCACUCCUGCUGCGGGAAGAGGACAAGGAGGAGGAGGGACCGGGGAUAGAGGAGGAGGAGAGCUUGCCAUACUGUGAGGAUGAGCAGCAGCGCGGUAGUGCAGAGGGCAGGUCCUACCGGGACAGUCUGACGAGUUGCACCUACUGCUGCAGGCCAGCCAGUCACGUCUGAGUGGCCACAGACCCCUCCCCUUUGUCGACAUGGGGAUACGUAUGUUUCCAGGGAGCCACCCAGAACCCGCCCUGUCCGCCUAGUCUGGCCAUGAAUGCAGAGUGAUGUUAUGACAGGCUGUGUCCAGUAGUGUAGGGUGGUGAUGAGUCAGCCAGCAGCCAUGUCCAGAGCCACCUUCUAGCUCCAGAUGCUUGCCCAGAAUAAACCAUCUACAGUUCCUUUUAGAGGGGAGUUUUGGAUGCAGGUAUUACUUUGUUAAAUUCAAUGUCCACAAACACUGAUGUUUGUGUAGAGUAUGCGGUAACACUUUACUUGACACCCAGCAUCAUAACACAUUAUGACACAGUCAUAACCAUGUCAUAAUAUGUCAUACCAACUGACAUAACUUGUUAUAACCUGUCAUAAUAUGGUCAUAACACUGUCAUAACACAUAUAUUUAAACCUGUUGUGACAUACAUGGCAUUAUUUUAUGGCUCUACAUAAGAGUGUCAAAACCCACAUUUAUUCAAAUGUGUUUUUCACUGCCAAGAAGUUUCCUUUAGUUUUAAAGUCCUUUGUUGUUGUUAUGAAUUCUUUACAGACAUUUUUUUCAUCAUAUUUUAAACAUCUUGCAGACACUGUCAUGAAGCUUUAUGACUAUCCUGUGUCACUUUACUUGGACUAAGACAAUUCACUUUAUGACACUGUCAAGAAGCAUUAUGACCAUCAUAAUCAUAUAAGCCAGAAAGGCCUAUCACGUACAUUCCCUUAUGUCAGUAAUCAGUCACAAAGAGGGUGCCUUGUCCUGCUCCUGAAAUCUGCUCCUGCACUUAUCCCAGUCAUCAGCAACCUAGCAUUGACGUAGGAACAUGUCUGACAUCAAUUUGUGCUCAAUUACUGUACAAUGAUCAUUUAAUAUGGUCAGUUUCAUAAAAUGGUAUAUAACAAACAUAUUAUUGAGAAGUAGGUUAAGGUGUAACGGAAUGUCUUGCCUUGUGUGGUAGGUUUUGUGGGUUUUGACAUUUUUAUGUAGGUGUCAUAACCAGUAAAAAAUGAUGCAAUAUUUGUCACAACAGGUCUAAAUAUGUGUCAUGACAAUGUUUUGACCAUAUUAUGACAGGUUAUGACAAGUUAUGUCAGCUGUUAUGACAUACUACCCACCAGCAUCACUACUCUGGAUGGUUCUGACCUAGAAUAUGUGGACAACUACAAAUACCUAGGUGUCUGGCUAGACUGUAAACAAUCCUUUCAGACUCACAUUAAACAUCUCCAAUUCAAAAUUAAAUCUAGAAUCGACUUCCUAUUUCGCAACAAAGCCUCCUUCACUCAUUCUGCCAAACAUACCCUCGUAAAACUGACUAUCCUACCGAUCCUCGACCUGUAUGCGCUCAUUGUCUGGCCCUCGCUCCAUAUCUGUCGCCAAACCCACUGGCUCCAAGCCAAGUCAUUGCUAGGUAAAGCCCUGCCUUAUUUCAGCUCACUGGUCACCAUAGCAGAACCCAUCCGCAGCAUGUGCUCCAGCAGGUAUAUUUCACUGGUCAACCCCAAAGCCAAUUCCUCCUUCGGCCGCCUUUCCUUCCAGUUCUCUGCUGCCAAUGACUGGAACGAACUGCAAAAAUCACUGAAGCUGGAGACUCAUAUCUCCCUCACCAGCUGUCAGAGCAGCUCACAGAUCACUGCACCUGUACAUAGCCCAUCUGUCAAUAGCCCAUCCAACUACCUCAUCACCAUACUGUUACUUAUUUCAUUUAUUUUGCUCCUUUGCACCCCAGUAUCUCUACUACACUCAUCUUCUGCACAUCUAUCACCCCAGUGUUUAAUUUGCGAUACUGUAAUAAUUUCACCACUAUGUUCUACUUAUUGCCUCACCCCCCCUUAUCCUACCUCAUUUGCACACACUGUAUAUAGACUUUCUCUAUUGUAUUAUUGACUGUAUGUUUGUUUAUUCCAUGUGUAACUCUGUGUUGUUGUUUGUGUCGCACUGCUUUGCUUUAUCUUGGCCAGGUCGCAGUUGUAAAUGAGAACUUGUUCUCAACUAGCCUACCUGGUUAAAUAAAGGUGACAUAAAAAUGUUUUUUAUUUUUUAUUAAUGACAUGGUUAUGACAAAAAUCAACAGAUCAGUGCUGACUUGACCAAAAUGACUAUUAGGUCAACUAAUUCUGAUCCUAUACUAGUUUACUUAUUAGGUUACACGUCCUUAAUUAAAAUAACAGAGAUGUAUGGGGUUAAAAUGCCCCUAUGCAAAUGGAAAGUAGAAGUCAUAGGAGGUGGGUCUGGACACACAUGAAGGUGACGUAUUAUUGGAGAUGUUGUGACAUACAGACAAGGGUUUCCUUUCCCAACAUUGUUCUCAUUUUAUGGCAUAUCAUUUUGCACCUCCCUAUAUUCAUGGUGUCAUAUCCCACUGUUAGUCCAUACUUCAUACUAUUAGAGCUGUUUCAGACCAGACCAAACAGUGCAUAUGGUGUUAGGAGAGGGCAAACAUUUGGUGCAUUUCCAUGGUAGCCACACCACUUAACAUGAGAGUUGAGGUACCACAGGGUUUGAUGUUGAGACCAUUUCAGUUAGAAAUAGUUUGCAAUUAUCUUCCACGUGCUAGGGAAUCAAAUCAGUUGUAUGCAUGACAUUUCUAUCUGCAAAGGUCCCUCAAUGUUAUGCCCAUUUAAACAAUAUUUCACUCUUGUCCUCCGGGGUGGUGGGAGGAAUCUCAGUGUGUGUUCUCUGGCUUCUCUGUACUUUGCACCUGUCUCUCUUAGAAGAAGUAUCGGUCUACCUAUCUGCGUGACCUGGUUAUCUGUUUACACAGUUGAUGAUCAACAUAGAAAUAUACAAAAACAUGCAUAUGAUUAUUAUUAUUACUACUCUGUUGUCCUGAUGAACAUUUAUUUCUGUAAUUCUGAAAACUAUAUAAUGUGACCUGAGAAGAACAUACAUACGUGUAGCACGGUCUGAACUGUAACAUUACCUUAACCUCUGCAUUGACCAUAUGAUGGUCAUAUCUCUACCCAGUGACACACUGACACCAUUUCCCUGGUAACCAUGUUGAUUUAGUUUAGAUUACAACUCUAGCAUGUACAAUAAGUUGUUGUGGGAGUCUGUUUAUUUGUCGUUUUGUAGUCUUUCUCAACCUACCAAGUAUAAACAGUCCCUGACCCCUCCCUUGUCCCAGUUAUGUUUGUAACAUACAACAUGUUGAGUGACCAAGACAAACAUGAGUUCAAAUACUAUUUUAAAUAUUUGAGUUGUCUUAGGAGUGGAAAGAUAAAGCCAGUUCUCUAACUGUGAUGAAAAGACAGAAUGCAGUCUGAUAGAAAAUCUCAAGGUACAGUGUUACCUGCUAUGAUUACAGUUUAAACACAUAAAUAAGGCUGAAAAUGGGUAGGCCUAUAUUUAUUUUAUAAGAUUUAGGGCUCUAUUCAAUCUGUAUCGCUGAAGUUCAGCAUUACAGCUUGCUUGAAAUUUAAAGGCAAUGUUCCCGCGUUAGCAGAGACUGCAUUCAUGGUAAACACUGCAUAUGUCACCUCAAUUGGAAAUUACCUUUAUAUUUACAUUUUGCAAUCUGUACCUCUUCAGCGAUAUGGAUGGAAUAGAGCCCUUACUCUGUUUGGUUCACACUGCGCUGCAUUUUCUCUGCUGUUCGGAUUAGAUUAUCCUUAUUGUUAAGUUGAAUCGGAGGUACUAGCUAAAGCCUUCUAGUUGAACUCUACCUUGUUUAGGCCAAUGACCUGUGUUUGUUCCUUAGCAGCUUAUAAUUGCUCAAGAGCAAUCAUUCUAGCUUCACAAGACAGUGACUGACUGACUGCAGAAUGGAAAAUAUGCAAACUCUGUGUGAAUUACUUCAUGUUAUAUGUUAGGUAUAAUUGCUGUUCAUGACUUUGUUGAUAACCUGAUAACCUGUGUUCAUUUGUUUGGUAAAUACAUUCUUCUGUUGAACCUUU